CUGCGCGACGCGCGGCUCAGAGUCGGCAGUGCUGGCCAUGCCGGGCGCAGCGGCGGCGCGGAGCUGAGCCCAGCCCAGGGCGGCCGAGCCUAGCCGCGCCGCUGAAGGGCACCGGCGGCAGCGGCGAGGCUUCUCUGCGCUCUCCCACGGCUGGGGCGCAACCGCCCCGCAGCAUGGAGGCUGGGAAGCGCAGCUCCUCCGCCGGCAGCCGGGACGAUGGCAGCGCUAACGCCUUCCCAGCCAAGCCGGCGGCCCCGGCGGAGAAAGCCCAAAGCAGCCCCGGCGGCGGGAGUAGCGGCGGCGUGAAAGAGCAUGGCAACUCGGUGUGCUUCAAAGUGGACGGCGGCGGGAGCGAGGAGCCCGCGGUGGGCUUCGAAGAUGCCGAAGGGCCCCGGCGGCAGUACGGCUUCAUGCAGCGGCAGUUCACCUCCAUGCUGCAGCCGGGGGUCAACAAAUUCUCCCUUCGCAUGUUCGGCAGCCAGAAGGCGGUGGAGAAGGAGCAGGAAAGGGUUAAAACUGCGGGGUUCUGGAUCAUCCACCCGUACAGCGACUUCAGGUUUUACUGGGACUUAAUCAUGCUUAUAAUGAUGGUCGGAAACCUUGUUAUUAUACCAGUUGGAAUCACUUUCUUCACAGAACAAACAACAACACCAUGGAUUAUUUUCAAUGUGGCAUCAGACACUGUUUUUUUAUUGGACUUGAUCAUGAAUUUUAGAACUGGGACUGUAAACGAAGACAGCUCCGAAAUAAUACUGGACCCUAAAAUCAUUAAGAUGAAUUACUUAAAAAGCUGGUUUGUGGUUGACUUCAUCUCAUCAAUACCAGUGGAUUAUAUCUUUCUCAUUGUAGAAAAAGGAAUGGAUUCAGAGGUUUAUAAGACAGCAAGAGCACUUCGUAUCGUGAGGUUUACAAAGAUCCUCAGCCUGUUACGCUUGCUGCGCCUUUCCAGACUGAUUCGAUACAUACACCAGUGGGAAGAGAUUUUCCACAUGACAUACGACCUGGCCAGUGCUGUGGUGAGAAUCUUUAAUCUGAUUGGAAUGAUGCUUCUGCUGUGCCACUGGGAUGGUUGUCUUCAGUUUUUAGUACCACUGCUCCAGGAUUUCCCACCAGAUUGCUGGGUGUCCCUAAACGGUAUGGUUAACGAUUCCUGGGGAAAGCAGUACUCUUAUGCACUCUUCAAAGCCAUGAGCCACAUGCUUUGCAUUGGGUAUGGAGCCCGUGCCCCUGUCAGCAUGUCUGACCUCUGGAUAACCAUGCUGAGUAUGAUCGUGGGAGCAACCUGUUAUGCCAUGUUUGUUGGCCAUGCCACUGCCCUCAUUCAGUCUCUGGAUUCCUCACGGCGACAAUACCAAGAGAAGUACAAACAAGUGGAACAGUACAUGUCCUUCCACAAGCUGCCCGCUGAAAUGCGCCAGAAGAUCCACGAUUACUAUGAGCACCGCUACCAAGGCAAGAUCUUUGAUGAAGAGAACAUCUUGAAUGAGCUCAAUGAUCCUCUCCGGGAGGAGAUUGUCAACUUCAACUGCCGGAAGCUGGUCGCUACGAUGCCUCUUUUUGCUAACGCGGACCCGAAUUUUGUGACUGCCAUGCUGAGCAAACUGCGGUUUGAGGUGUUCCAACCUGGAGAUUACAUCAUCCGAGAAGGGGCUGUGGGUAAAAAGAUGUAUUUCAUUCAGCAUGGUGUUGCUGGUGUCAUCACCAAAUCCAACAAGGAGCUGAAGCUGACAGACGGCUCUUACUUCGGAGAGAUUUGCCUUCUGACCAAGGGCCGUCGAACUGCCAGUGUACGAGCAGACACAUACUGUCGCCUGUAUUCCCUCUCCGUGGACAACUUCAACGAGGUUCUUGAAGAGUACCCAAUGAUGAGAAGGGCCUUUGAAACGGUGGCCAUUGAUAGACUGGACAGGAUAGGGAAGAAGAACUCGAUCCUCCUGCAGAAGUUCCAGAAGGAUCUCAAUACUGGGGUUUUCAACAACCAGGAGAAUGAGAUAUUGAAGCAGAUCGUGAAGCAUGACAGGGAAAUGGUGCAGACCAUUGCCCCGGUGAGCCUGCAGCAGAUGCCAGCCCUGAACUCCAGCACCUCUGCCUCGUCGACGCGCGUCAGGACACAGUCCCCUCCCGUGUACACUGCCAGCAGCCUGUCCCAUGGGAACCUGCACUCCCCCUCGCCCGGCACGCAGACAUCCCAGCAGGCCGUCAUCCUCUCGCCCUGCUCCUACACCACUGCCGUCUGCAGCCCGCCCGUACAGAGCCCUCUGGCCGGCCGAACUUUCCAGUAUGCCUCUCCGACUGCCUCGCAGCUCUCCCUCAUGCAGCAGCAGCAGCAGCCACAGGCACCCCAGCAGCCCCCUGGGGCCGCACAGAAGAACGAGGUCCACAAGAGCACCCAGGCCCUCCACAACACCAACUUGACCCGGGAGGUGCGGCCCCUCUCCGCCUCGCAGCCCUCCCUGCCCCAUGAGAUCUCCACCCUGAUUGCCAGGCCUCACCCCACUGUGGGAGAGUCCCUCGCCUCCCUCCCGCAGCCCGCCCCUGGCCCCGGGGUGCCCCCGGCCGGCCGCACCACCGUCCCCCAGCGGGUCUCACUAUUCCGACAGAUGUCCUCGGGAGCCAUCCCCCCGAACCGGGGGGCAGCACCGACCCCAGCCCCGUUGCAAAGAGAUUCCUCCACAGUCUUAAGCACAGAGCCCGAGGGAGAGAAGCCGCGGUUCGCGUCUAACCUAUGAUCCCUGGCAGCUGUGAGCAACAGACUUGCGGUGAACCCAGCACCAUCCUUGGAACUGUUUUAGCCUGUUUCCUUAAUGUUACCCAGCAGUCUACUACGAGAAAAAUGCUUUAGAGAGCUUUUCCCUACAUAACGAAUGUAAAAACUAUAUUUUAUAUAUAUAUAUAUAUAUAUAUAUGCACACACACACACGCAAAUAUAUAUAUAUAUAUAUAUAUAUAUAAACACUAAAGAUCUUGUCUGAAUUCAUGUCUUCCUUUCUUGCAUUCAUUAAAGAAGUCUAAAUUCAGCUGUACUACUACUUGGUUUUUAAUGUGUCUGCUUUAAAAAUCAGUCUAACAUUUCUCUGUUUGUGAGGCUGGCUGUUUUUCAUGGGAGGGUUGUCAAUACGCUGACAAAAGUUGCUAGGAUGACUAGAACAUGCUAGUUAUAGUAGUAAAAAACAAACGAACAAACAAAGGAUAAAAGCAUAAAAAAAGAGAGAAAUCUUAGCCUAAGCAACGCGUUGCACUUUCCAGGCGUUGUGAUGAAGCUUUCGUCGUUUCCUUUGCCGCGUCCACGCCCGUUAAUUUCUGGUGGAGAAUGUAGCUGUUCCUUCCCGUGGCGUUUCACACGUUAGCACUUUUCUGUUGGGAAUUAGGUCGGCAAAGAAACAAAUAGCAAACGCCUGCAGUCAAAAGGCUGGCACUGGCACUCCUCUGGAUAGGUUGUAACCUCACCACAGGUCAACCCUUCUGUUGUUUCAGCAAACGGGGUGGACUUUCGAUCUUCACACUGCUAAAGACUUUUACAAAGACUAUUCGUUAUUGCCACUGUAAAUAAGUUUUUAGACCCAAACAAAACAAAAACAACAAGAAAAAAAAAAAAAUAUAUAUAUAUAGCUGCUGUGUGGUGUACCAUUAUUGCCAGGUCUUUGUUUAGGAGUUUAGGUUCUGCCUCUUCACUUCAGAGAUUUGCAGUUUUGAAUUUGUUGAAGCUAAGUGCAACGCAGCUGUUAAACUGUAACGCGAUGGCUUAAAGGACCUGCGAUGCUACUUUUCACACGGCGAUGUUUUAUGCAAAAUUGUACGCUUGAUCCUGCACAAACUGCUAGUACUUCACAAAUACCAUCACUUUUCUUCUCCUUGCCCCUCCUCAAUAGCAUCUGAGAAUAUUCCAUGCAUGCUUUGGGGGGAAAAAAAAAAAAAAAAAAAAAAAAAAAAAAAAAAAAAAAAAUUAAAAAGAAAAAAAAAUCUAUAAAAAUAGGUUCAAUCAAGCAUUGUAGGAAAAGGCUUUAAUGGUAUCUUAGAAAGUAAUAACCAUUUAUUAAUCGUGUCUACCUUACAAUUCCUACGAUGCUGACUUUGAAUCUCUGAUUUAAGUCUAGAAGUGAGAUUUUUUUUUUUUACUUAAUCAAUUUUUUUUUUUUUCCCAUUUAAAGGAUUAUUUGUAAACCACAGCUUGAUUUAGGCUUUCAGGUGCUUUCUGUGUCUUCACUGUAGUUCUGUAGUUGACUGUGGUGUUAAUUUAUGGAAGAAAAAAAAAACAACAACAAAAAAAAAGAAUAAAUAUAUUAUAGCAUCAAGUCUGUCUGGAAAUGCACGAUUUGCUCUGUGUAUAUUGUAUUUAAAUGGUUAGUAUAUCCUAAGGCAUGUAGUGUCAAACAUAGCCCAUAGGUAUGAGGUUUAUUAUUUUUUAAUGUCUUCAAAAAACAGAACGGAAACGGUGACAGAAAGCAGGGUUAAAGCAUACUGUUUUGUGAACACUUUGUUUCGUUUGCUCAGACUUCACGUUAUCUUAUCCACAAAAUUGUUCUUUCGUAGUCAUCUGUGCCUAAUUUGUCACAUUAAAUAGACCUUGAAACUAAACGUCUCAUAAUUUUAACUCAUUGGAAGAAAAAAUAAUCAGCAUUACGGAUGUGAUACAGACGUAUGUAUUCUGUUCUUCAAAACCCAGCUGACUCAAGCGAAGGAAGUGAAUGCAAAGGAGUUCUUCCUUUCCCAUUAACGCUGAGUUUAACAGUGCAUGGAAAAAAAAAAUUUAAACAACAUCACCAACUACAUAAUGCAGUGAAUCCAGAUGUACUGGAGAGCAAAGUAAAUACUCUAAAGCUAACAGAGCUUGAACCCAUGCUGCCUGUUAUGCCUUUACUAAAGUGGUACAUCAAGUGAAAGCUUAGAAUGAUCUUCCAGCUUUGGCUGGCUCCCGCUCACCGGUGAAAAUCGAUGUAAUUAACUCAUUAACAUGCUGCUGCCAUCAGUUUAAGGGGCCCAGAGUAGUAUUAGGAGGAAGUGAUUGUUUAGAAGUGUUUGGAACAUUAUGGAUACGCUGCAAGACCAUUUUAUUUAUCAAUACAAUACCCUUUAUUAUUUUAAUACUAAUGAAUUAUGUCAGUUAAUUAAGAUCAUGUACUGAUCUUUCAAAAAACUGUUUAAGGUUUACAUUUAAUAGGAGUUAUGGGGUUAGUAGCGAAAUAUUUUUAUAUAUAUUUUUAUUUUAUUUUAAGCACUACAAAGAAAUAUUAAUUCACGUGGUCUUUCAGUGAAACCAUAAAUAAUUUUUAAAUGACUUUGUAAUAGAGUGGACAAUAUCUAGGAUUUGUAUGUUAAUUAAAAAAAAAAAAAGGUACAGGGUAUAAAAUUAUAUACGUAUAUAUAUGUAUGUAUGAGUGUACAUAUACUUAGAUUAAGAGACAAAUGACUCACAUUCCUGUAAUAUAAAGUUCCAUUGCUAGUUUCAGAACUGACCUAUUUUCUCUGUACAUAAAGUAAGCCCAUAAGUAUGAAAUCUCACGUCUGUACAGGAUGAAAUGUAUUCAUGAGAAAAAAAAAAAGAGGUUGGAUCUUACUGCUGCUGGGAAGACUAUAGAGCUGAUUCUUACAAUAACUAUACGAUUGGGGAUGAAUUAGAUCUUUUUCUUUUGUCUUUGCUCAAAGCCAUAAAUAAAAAUAUAUAAAAGAUUAUUAAUAAAUUGAAGAAAAUACAUUAAAAAAAA